AUUCAAACGAAACCACCAGCUGUCAUUCUAAGAUAUGUCAAUAGCACAGAGCCCAGACUCCCGGGGGACGACAGGAGAGAGGAGCCGAGGUCAAACUAAUCAGGUGCCGUUCACCACUGAAUUUACCAAGAUGCUGCCGACAAGCAGUGCACGCUUUGGUACCUUGAGUCAUCACUCAUUUUUCUCCCGACACAACCCUCAUCCACAUAGGGUGAGACAUAUUCAAGGACUCAAUGGUAGGCCUGUUUGCACGGUGAGAGAUGAUUGGUAUGUCACCUCAUCAUUAUUCCCUCAUCCACUUCUGAAGAGCCACGUCCUCAGGAAAGCAGCUGGUCCAUCUUUUGCCUUUCCGCUUGCUCAGAAUCAUUAUGGAGUCAGCAGUAACAAAAGCAGAUCAGCACUAUUCUCAGAAGCCUGGAGGGAUGAACUUAAAGAACUCGCUGCAAAAGUCAGUGUGUCUUCUAAAGCACAAAAGGACAAAAAAGAGGAGCAGCCCGAGGAAGAAUUUGCUUGCAGAAAGACCCAGUAUUCAGCUGAAACCGGGAGAAUCAUCCCUCCAUCCUCCAAGUCUUACCAACGCAGAUCCCAUUCUCAGGGCCUGAUGUAUCCUCAGCCCUUCCAUGACCAAGAGCUCAUGGUUUUGGAGCUACUUUGUCAGAUCCUGCAGACAGAUUCCCUGUCCACAGUCCAGCAGUGGCUUCUGCUUUCAGGCCAAAGAGAGAAAGACCUGGUGAUGGGGAUGAUGAAACAAGCUCUAGAUGGUGUCGACCUCUCAGGUCAUCAUCAGCAGAACUUCCAGCAGGUCCAGGGUUUUCAUCCUGGUGCAUCUCCACUGGUAUAUGGUCCAUCAUUUGACCAGUCACAGAGAACACCACAAAGAACGAGGUCGGUAUGA